AUGGUGGACGCGGGGUCGACUGGGUCGCGUAUUCACGUGUACAAGUUUAACUACUGCAAGGAUCACCCGGAGCUGGAAGACGAGAUUUUUGAGCAGAUCAAGCCUGGACUUUCGUCCUUUGGUGACAACGCCAAGGGCGCGGCGGAAAGCCUGGACGUGCUGAUGGAGGUGGCUAUGAAGGGCGUUCCGGAGCAGCUGCAUGGCUGCACGCCAAUUGCUGUCAAGGCCACCGCUGGUUUGCGCAUGCUCGGGGGCGACAAGGGCGACCGCAUUCUGCAGGCCAUCCACGACCAUCUGGAGACCGACUACCCGUUCAAGCUGAUCCCAAACAACCCCGUGGAGAUCAUGGACGGCAAGGACGAGGGCAUCUACGCGUGGAUAACCGUCAACUUCUUGCUUGGCACGCUGGGAAAUGCGGAGCACAACACGGCAGCCACGUUUGACCUGGGUGGCGGCUCGACGCAGAUCGUGUUUGAGCCACGAUUCGAGAAGUGGAAUGGCCAGGGCGGUCCGCAGUUGGCGGAAGGCGAGCACCGGUACGAGAUGACGUACGGCGGGCAGGAGUAUACGCUCUACCAACACUCGUACCUCGGCUACGGGCUGAUGGAGGCGCGCAAGAAGAUCAAGGCGCUGAUUGCGCAGGAGGCGUCGGCCAGCGGGAAGUUCUCGGUCGAGCACCCGUGCUUCCCUGCCGGGUUCCGCGAGGAGGUGACGACCGGUGACGGCAAGAGCCAGGUGACAAUCAAGGGCAUGUCCAAGGAUGCGUUGGCCAGCCAAAAGUCCUCCGACACUUGCUACCAGCAGGUGCGCCGUAUCCUCAACAAGGACGUGCCAUGCGCCGAGAAGCCCUGCUCAUUUGAAGGCGUCUACCAGCCCGAGCUCGACAAGACCUUUAUCAACAACCCCUUCUAUAUCUUCUCGUACUUUUACGACCGCACUUUCCCGCUCGGCGUGCGCGACGAAUUCAAGCUUGCCGAUGUUAAGGCGCUCACCGAGAAGGUGUGCAAGCAUGACGUAUCGCUGUUUGCCGCCAAGGAGCAGCAGGAGGAGGUCGGCGCUGAGAACCACUACUGCAUGGACCUGGCCUUCCAGUACUCCCUGCUCAGAGACGGAGUCGGCAUGCCCGAAAACCGUACCGUUCGCAGCACGCGCAAGAUCAAGGACGCUGAGACCGGAUGGUGCCUCGGCGCGUCCCUGGCUGUGCUCGACCAGAACAAAUACUGCAAGUACAAGUCUUACUGA